AUGGCACCCUCAGCCAUCUCAACCUCAACAUCAGCCAUCCCGCAGGAAAAAGCCAAAGAGCAUUCCAGCGGCGAUCCUGACCUUGCAUUUGUUCACGACGACACUACUGCGCCCCCAAUCUUUUCGGAUAAGCAUGAAGAGCGGCGGUACCUAAAGCAUCGCUUAGUGCUUGCUUUCCGAAUUUUCGCCCAAUUUGGCUUUUCCGAAGGCGUCGCCGGGCAUAUCACGAUGAGGGAUCCAGUCGAUCCUACGAGCUUUUGGGUGAAUCCUUUUGGAAUGCACUUUUCACUCAUCACCGAUGGCGAUCUGAUCCGAGUGGACCACGAAGGCAAUGUUGUCGACGGCGGGAAAAACAGGAGACUGAACUACGCUGCCUACGCGAUACACGCACAGAUUCAUCUUGCACGGCCAGACGUAGUGUGCGCCGCCCAUGCUCAUAGCGUUUACGGUCGGGCCUUUUGUGCAACUGGACGCACGCUCCUUCCGAUAACCCAAGACUCAUGUGUGUUCUACAACGACCACGUGCUAUACCCGAACUUCGCCGGUGUUGUAUUAGCAACCGAAGAAGGCCGGGCUAUCGCACAGGCUCUUGGACCACGCAAGGCUGCGCUUCUGGGAAAUCAUGGUCUUUUGACAGCAGGUCCUUCGAUCGAAGCGGUUGCCGCCUGGUUCGUCCUCCUGGAGAAGUGCUGUCAAGUACAGCUGGCGGCAGAGGCCUCCAAUGCGGGAACGGGGAAGCCUCUGGUCGAGAUUGGAGAAGAAGAGGCCAAGACGACAUGGGAGACGUUGGGCCAUGCUGAGGGUGGAUACUUCAUGGGGUUGCCGCUUUUCCAAGUAGCUGAGAGAGAGUUUGGGGAACACACUUUCAUGGGAAGAGGGCUGGAGCCUGCGUAG